GCCGUGUAGUGUGGUAGAGGUUAGAAAGAAAGAAAGAGUUAUGACUUGGGCACAUCAAAAGAUAACAGAGAAACAGGCAGCCAAAACAAAUGCUGGAGAGAUGCCACCAGGAAAGAGGAAGCUUGGAAGACCAAGAAUUGAUGGAUACAUACAUGCAUGGUUAUUAAAACGCUGAGGAGAGAGAAGAGGACUUAUUGAUGGGGAGAGUAGAAGGAACAGUUUGAGACUUCAGGAAAGCGAGCCCAAGUCGCUAGCCAUCGAGGUUUUGUCCAGCCAAUCGAAAGUGUCGGUGUCUGUGGAUGGCACAACGCUUGCUAGAUCCUGGAGGACGGAGAGGAACACAAGGGACGAGGGAUACACGUGAUGGUCCUGAACCAGGCGAGUGGCAGCGUCAUGGCCCAGCGCGCCUUCGACACAUACUCGCCGCACGAGGACGAGGCCAUGGCCCUCUUCCUCAACAUGGUGUCUGACGGCAGAGUCAUCAUAUUCACCAUAAAGGACGAAGGAACUUUCCAGAUGAAGCAGCCUGCGAGAGAUCUUCUGAAGAGGCUCGGCUCAAAGCGAGCGCAGGUCAUUGGUUGGAGAGAUAUGUGGGCCAUGGUAACACAGAAAGGUGCCAGGAUGUUUGGGGAGUCGUACAGCAAGAGUACCGAUUUCAACACCUGGGGGGCUCCGGCAGUUCUUCGGACAGAAGUGCCACUAGUUCCUACUGAAGACAGUGAGUGUGAUUGGGUGGAUACGGAAGAAAACCGACGAAGGAGAGAAUUCUGCAAUCAUAUCGAGGGCUAUGGCAGCGUCUGCAGCUGUACAGAUCCAGCCCCGUUGUUGUUUAACCCUGAACCUGUUCUGAAUAAUGAAGUCCACGAUGUACCGGUCGCAAUCAUCGCAAGCAACAGGCCUCAUUACUUGUACAGGAUGCUGAGGUCUCUUUUAUCGGCGCACGGAGCGAAUCCAGAGAUGAUAACAGUGUUUAUUGAUGGUUACUUUGAGGAACCUCUUGAGGUUACAAAACUCUUCGGACUUCGAGGAAUUCAGCACACGCCUAUCGGGGUUAAGAACGCCCGAAUAUCGCAGCACUACAAAGCAUCUCUCACUGCUACGUUCAAUAUAUUUCCAAAUGCCAAAUACGCGAUUAUCGUGGAAGAGGAUUUGGACGUAUCCCCAGACUUUUUUAGUUAUUUCAGUCAGACGCGGCGAUUGCUGGAGGAAGACGAGACGCUCUACUGCAUCUCUGCUUGGAACGACCAGGGUUACGAGCACACGAGCGACGAUCCAAGUUUAUUAUACCGGGUGGAGACGAUGCCGGGCCUGGGCUGGAUCCUUAAGAGAUCUCUGUAUAAAGAUGAGCUCGAAUCCAAAUGGCCGUCGCCUGAGAAGAUGUGGGACUGGGACAUGUGGAUGCGGUUACCCGAAGUUCGGAGAGGCAGAGAAUGCGUGAUUCCCGACGUGUCUCGAACAUACCAUUUUGGUGCUUCGGGUCUGAACAUGAAUUCAUACUUCCAAGACGUCUAUUUCAAGAAACAUUCUUUCAACACGUUGCCGCAUGUGAAGCUCAAAAGUGUCGACAGCGUGAAGAAGAGUAACUAUGAGGAGUUAAUUGUGGGCAUGAUCAAGAGAGGAUUGAUUUUGGACCACAGCAAAUCACCGUGUGAAGAGAACUUCAUACCAGACAAUAAAGGUGAAAUCAUAAUUAUGUUUAUAAAAAUGGACGGACCGAAGGAUUUUGUGACGUGGCUCCAAGUAGCGAAGUGCUUCAGGAUUUGGGAUCUUGACGUUCGGGGUUAUCACAAAAGCAUGUGGAGACUUCACAUGAAGGGAAGCGAAAUGCUCGUCAUCGGAGUUCCAAACUCGGAGUAUGCGAAAUAUAAACCUUCUAAUAUUACUCCAGUUUAUUUGGAGCCUCUCAGAGAGAAAAGUAAUAUUAGAUAGCAGGAAGUCACAGCAUCAAGAAGGUGAUUUCAUCCGACAUUACCUAAAUACGAGCCGUCUCCGAACGAAGUGAUCAGGGGGUUUUGAUUAUGAAAUUUUGAACGUUGUCGUCUUUCCUGUGCCAAUUCUGUAUGAAAAGCUUUAUACAGAACUGUACUUUACGAGAAGCCGAAAGUAUAUACUGUUAUGUAUUCGUUCUUCGUAAUGUGUGACAAUAAAUGAUUGUGCGAGUGUGAAGCGAAA